GAACAGAUUUAUAGGGGUUCCAAUAACGUGCCUGAUUGUGGGGGUAGGAGAGCAAAUCAAAAGGACCCUCAUAUCCCCUUAAUAGUAUAGGUGCCCCGCCUAGAGUUCGCCAUCCCAUCUGGUGGCUCGGGGGUGGGCUGCUGUGCGCUGCGAGCGGAACGCUAACGACCCAGCGCGUCAGGCCCAGCGCUGGCCACCCCAGGGGAGGGGUCUUCGGGCCGCGUCGGGACCUCAGCAUAACGGCGGCGAUGGCGGCUAGCGGGCAGUGGGGCUUUGCUCCGGCGUUUGGGCUGCGCCUGCUGUUGGCGUCCGUGCUGCAAGCGAUAUCUGCACAGGGAUCUGGAUUAUCAUCGGAAGCAUGCAGAGACUUGGGUUUCUCCAGCAAUUUACUCUGUAGCUCUUGUGAUCUUCUUGGACAGUUUAGCUUAACUCAGCUGGAUCCUGAUUGCAGAGGAUGCUGCCAGGAAGAAGCACAGUUUGAAACCCGAAAGCUAUAUGCAGGAGCUAUUCUUGAAGUAUGUGGAUGAAAAUUGGGGCGGUUCCCCCAAGUCCAGGCUUUUGUCAAGAGUGACAAACCCAAACUGUUCAGGGGACUACAAAUCAAGUAUGUUCUUGGUUCAGACCCUGUGCUAAAGCUGUUGGAUGACAGUGGGAACAUUGCUGAAGAACUAAGCAUCCUCAAAUGGAACACAGAUAGUGUAGAAGAAUUCCUCAGUGAAAAAUUAGAACGUAUAUAAAAUACGCUUUCAGUUUUGUCAUAUCAUUUAUUUUCUUCUUAAAUGAAUUUUGUAGUACCAGUGAUUGUAAUCUUUGGUCACCUUUAAGCAAUUAAUUCCUUACUGUACAGCUUUAAGCCCUUGGCCAACUGUAUACAAAGAGUCUGUUUUAAUCUCUUCUCACUGUAAUUGUUACCACUAAUGAGAUGCUUUGUAACAAACUUGUAAUUACUCAAAUGGUAGAAUUUGUUAUAAUUGGACCAGUUCUACACACCAGAGGCUUUAAAACUAGAGAGAUGAAUAAGGAAAUGAUGACAAUGUCUUGUCUGUAUGCUGGGCCUCAAACAUUGCCUGCCAGUGACCUCUUCGUUUUUGUGGCACCCCAGCUUUCUUUUUAAUAGAAAUAUUGGAAUUUGUAAUGAAUGCUAGUUCAGAAAACUUUUCAUCAUUGUUCACAGAUUCAGCAUUUGUAGCAUUCUGUGAGACACUCCGAGAAGUACACGUUAGUGACGAUCGCACAGAAAACCCUGAGAGGGCUUGUGUAGAUCCGAUGUUUGGUGUAGUCUUUUCAGUGUUUGACUUUGCUGCAGUGAAUGAGUCAAAAAAAGAUUCAUUUAUUAAACUGAACUAGAAUUAAAAAGUUUUCCACCUCUUGCCUCAA